AUGGACGACCACACUCGCCGCUCGUCUGCGGCCGCCUCCCGCACGAACAGCCCGACCCUGAAGGAGCUCUUUACCCUCGUUGAUAACCUUAUCGCCGCACUCCCGCAGAGCUCCACCUCGUCCACCGCCGACACCAUCCAGACUCAAUGCGAUUGCCUACGACGAAUACGCCAGCUAUUGAUAGACUCGCCCGACUCCCGCCAGCUCAAAGACGCCUUUCGCCAGGCCAAGGGCCUCACCGCCUUGAUUGACACGCUCCGAUCCGUCUCCGGCUUCUACAACCCCUCGACCCUUUCCAAAGAUGACCACACCGAGUUCUUCGAGCUCCUCAAGGCCGUGCUGGCCGUGCUCUCCGAAGCCUUGAACGACCACCCCGGCAACCGCAGGUUCUUCCGGAAGAAAGUGGAGGAUGGUGGUUGGAGAGCGUUGGAACAAGCCCUCAUUAGCACUGGCGUUGGCGGCGGCUUUCAGGAUACUGGUUCGUUUGACGAUGCAGGGCAGGAGCAGCUCUUUGGCUGUCUCGUGGCAUUUGCACUGGCUGAGGAGAACAUGGCACGGAUCUUCCGUGACAUUAGAAGCCUCCAGCCUGAUGCCACGAAUGGAGACCACCAGCCAGAUGCCACUGAAGCGGUCGUUGUGGGGGCUGGAAAUGCUGACAAGUCGGCUGAACACUCCCGGGAUCCUACAAUUGGCAUGCUUGAAAAGCAUCUGGCUGGCUUCUUCAGUGGGAAUGAAGUCCUUCAAAAUCCAGAGAUACUACCAGUGAUCAUCAAUACGUGGUUGAUGCUCUUUCAGGAGAAGACAGUCGGGUCAAGAUCGCCGCGAUUGUCUACUUCGGUUCUUCUGGUCUUGGAGAGAAUCAUUGCCAUGUCUGCGCAUAACAAGCUGGCAGCCCAUGGAACCGGCGUACUGAAAACACUGUUGCCGUUGAUGUUCGAGGCAGAGAAGGACUCGUCGGAGCACUUCCUUCUUUCCAGGCUGACUGAAGAUCUCAUUUCGUACGGUAUCAAUGACUUGGAUGAUGCCAGGUAUCUAUACAAACUCGCCGCCAAGUCAGAGGAAGCUGCCAAAUUCCUUUUGUCGGCCAUUCAGUCGUCAAGGCAAGCUCCUUUCAUCCAGCUGGACAUGUCGUUGCAUGGAUACACCUCGAUCGAGCUUCGGGACCUCGGUAGAACAUUUCCUCCGACCUCUUCAAACGGAGGGUACACGAUUACUGCUUGGCUUCGAGUAGACAAGUACGACGACAACUUCCAUACCACAAUCUUCGGGGCCUACGAUUCAACGCAGACCUGUUUCGUUCUGGUGUAUUUGGAAAAGGGAUCUCAUUAUCUGAUCCUGCAAACAUCAACGACCUCUUCCAGACCCAGCGUCAGGUUCAAGUCCGCCGUCUUUGAAGAAGGUGUCUGGUAUCACAUUGCCAUAGUACAUCGCAGACCAAAAGUGGCUGGUUUGAGUCGUGCGAACUUAUUCAUCAAUGGGGAAUUCGCUGAACAAGUGAAAUGCAACUUUCCUUCUAACCCACCGAGCUAUAGCAGCAGUACCGAGAGCUUCACUGCAUUUGGUUCAAACCAACGCACAUACUCGCCGAUAGAAGCUUUUCUCGGCACUCCGCAUACCAUUUCUCCACGCUUGGGUAGAAAUGUCGUCUCAACGAAGCUUUCUAUUGCGUCCUUCCACUUAUUCCAAGAGGCUUUAUCUGACGAAUUGGUUGCUGUAUACCACAAGCUUGGGCCAAGAUACCAUGGCAACUUCCAGGACUGCCUCGGGUCUUUUCUCACAUAUCAUGCAUCGGCGGAUCUAAACCUUUACAAUGAGCUACUCCAUCCAGCUAAGGAAGAACGCUCCGAAAUUCUUUCCGCUAUGCGUCACAAGGCUGGCGCGAUCCUCCCCGAAAGCCGGAUCCUUCUCAGUAUCUCUCCAACGGCCGUUAUGGACGACGACGAUAGGAACCAUAUCGAUGAAACCCAGCUGGUCAAAUCGUUGUCAAAGGCAGCAGCAAAGAACCUUCGCUACUACACGCGAAGCGCGGGUCAUCGCAUUGCCAUCAACGCUGCGGUGCCCUCGAUCAACGAUGCUCUUUGCCAGGUGAAUGGCGUCGCUAUUCUUGCCGGCGAACCUGUCGUUGUCGUACCUCAGUCACUGGACGAUGCAAGCUGGAGGGUUGGAGGCACAACGGCCAUUGGACUGAAGCUGGUCGAGUUGGCUACGACACGGAAUGCUUUGAUGACUGCCGUCCAGAUUAUGUUCGAAUCCGUUCACGACAACUGGAGAAAUAGCGAGGCCAUGGAGAGGGAACACGGCUUUGCCGUUUUGGCUGCUCUGCUCCGGGAUAAGCUCGGUCUCGGAUCGGUCUUUGGCCGAGCGACGACAGGGCAGAUUGAUGACCCAGACCACGAAUCAUUGUCUUACGAAUUAUUGCAGCUCAUUCUUAGAUUUGUUGGAUUUGAGGAACAUAAGCCUCAGGAGUCCAAGAUCAUCAAUCCUCUAGCUUACAGAGCUCUUUUGAUCGAUUUUGACAUCUGGCGGAAAUGCUCCGCCGAUACACAAAAGCUGUACUACAGGCAGUUUGAAUGCUUUGCAAAGGACAGUAAAUAUCAUGUCUUUAAUGCGAAGCGUCUUACUCGCAUGCGCAUCAUAAAGAGGCUUCUUGACGCGCUCAAGGGAGAAAACUUUACUGGCGAAGUUUUCCCCCAUUUCCUCAAUGCAUUCAAGGCUCUCUUGAAAUGCAGCGUCUCCUCGGAUAUCCUCAGGUCACUUGCACUCUUCAUCACAUUUGCUCUGCAGGAAAACAGAACACUGGUUAAUCGUCCGCUCCGCUCCGGCAGUAAUGCAAGGCAGAUGAAGCGGGCACCGACGCAGCCACUAUUAUCCAACUCCAGCCCUUCCACACGGCCCAUGACACCAAGCCUUCAGACCGAAUCGGAGGUGAUGCCAAAGAAGGAGUUGGGCGUCAAGAUCCUGGAAGCAUACGCCGCGUUUCUCUGUGAUGAUGCAAGUGCCACGGAGAUCCGGCGCUUUGCAAAGACUGUGACCAACAAGUGGCUGGUUUAUCUUCUUGCCGAGAAUGAUGCUCGGGUAAUCGUUCCAACCAUGCAAAUACUUGCCCGGCUCCUGGUAAUUCAAGGCCCGCACUUUGUGAAGAAAUUCACAAAGGACGGAGGAUUCACCAACCUGAAGCACCGCCUCAAGGCUUGGUGGAACACACCACCAAUCUGGACUAUUUGCUUUGCCAUUCUCUUCGGUGCAGAUGUUGGGAGGAUCACUUUCGAAAGAGAUUUCGACCUCUUUAACCUGAUGGAUGCGUUCUCGUCGGCGAAUGGUCAGAUCAACAUAGCUUAUCCGGACAUUUUCCCGGCAAUGACGGCAAUGCUCGAGACGGGUAUCCGAGUCGUUGUGAAACAACAGGAAGCGCUCGACAGACCGGCCACAAGUCAGGGCGAGAACGGCGGCAACCCGAGCACGCCGUCUGUAGAACUCCCCAAAGGCCCCGGCAGAAAGCGCUCCAUGUCAUUGGAAAGCGAGCUUUCAUCAAGAGCUGAAACACCACAGCCAUCUUCGAGGCAGAAGCUUGUAGACUAUGCAGCAAUUCUGCAUACGAUCAUUCAGUUCUUAGCAGAUGUUCACAUGAAGUCCCCACACUUCCGCGAAUACGCCAUUGCUUCGAACUACAUUCAGGAUCUUCUUUUUGUCCUCUACCCAGUCAUCGUCACCUCCGACAGCGUAUCCGCUGAAACAGAGCUGCACUCCCGCGGGUCUGCCCUGACGUUUGAAGGCCAGGAUGUACUUAUAAACCCUCAAACAGGGCCGGGCGAUUCUCAACCUUCAAUCGUCCGCACUACUCCGAUUGAGGCACCCCGCAGCCCCUCUGCUUCGAAGGCUACACCGCUCAGACGAGGAAAUUCCUUCAUUUUGAUUAGUUCCGACAAAGCGAAAUAUCCCGCUACUUCAGCACGGCUCCAUACCGUUCUCUCGCCAAAGAGGUCAAGGUCGAGUUCUAUAGACCUGAAGGUUGGCAAUGCUGUCGUGCAAUCCCUGCUUGAGCUUGUCAUUGGCGUUUUCCUGGACCAGCUACUGCAUAAAAAGGACUUUACUGGAUUCGGACUCUUCCUAAAGGUCCCACCUGGCUUUCAGGAACAUCAGGCAUACUUCGAAUCCUACGUGCUCCUUCACACCAUGCAGAUGAUCACCAAUGAGCUGCAGCUUCGCCAAGAUCUACUCUCUGAGCCAAGAGUCCUUACAAAUCUUGCUCGUUAUACACUCCACAUGGCCGAAGCCGUCUUUGAGGGCUGGUUCUUGAAUGGGGCCGAAGCGUUGCUCGAUUUUAUUGGGACAGUACUGGACUACUUGCACCGCCCGGACGUGGCCCAGAUAAAGGCAGUACGUCUCUGCACGCAAGCAAUCUCGACCGUUCGUACCGUCUUCUUCCGUGUCGCCUUGCUCCGCCUCUCCGAGCUGGAUGAACCCGACAACGAGACCGAAGCCAUUGCAUUCCUGCACAAGAUGACUUAUUGGCAAACAAUCAUCUUGCACCCGGAUAACCUGGAAGGGAACUACCUCAGGCUGCUGUGCUACCUGCUUUACACGAAGUUUGUCUCCGGAGACCCUCGCGUCAGGGCAGCAGCUGCGGAUUUCUGGAGGCUUAUGCUCGUGCAAAAGCCUGACGAAACGUCACAAAUGCUGAAUCAGACAACUUCGAGUAACGAUCGCAAACUCUUCACCGAGUUCAUGAAGUUGACAGAGCUCGACAAUGACGCUUUUCUAGCCUGGGUCGACGAACGUCGCAGCGAAUUGGAUAACUUGUUCUUUGGCGCAAUGUCAAAGUCUUGGGAAGAAUUUGUCACGGAAGAGAACCGCAAGACGGAAGAGAGUGCAAAGACUAGGGUCAGCAAGCGGCGUGAGCGCUUAAAGCAGUGGCAGGCCGAAGAAGAAGCAGCAGACAACACUUGGCAUCGCCAUGAAGUCUCGACAACACACUGGCGUGCCAACAUCUUCGCUGCCGAGCGAUUGAAGCAUCAAAGAGCACAGCAAGAUCAACAGGACAAUCUCGCCUUCCUGGCAUCUGCAUUAGGAAAACUCGAUCGUUCGCUGCGCGAACCGUGUGCCUUGCUCGAGUCCGAAGAGGUUUCAAAGUGGCAGCUUGAUGAAACAGAAGGCCGGAAUAGAAUGAGACUCCGAAUCCUCCCGGAUAAGACCACGGCUCGAAAUGAUGAAUAUCAACCAAAGAGGCGGGAUUCCGAAGGUGUUCACAAGACAAAACUCAGCCUUGUGACCAACAUUCCGCAGAUCGCAACUCCCGAUGCUGCCAAUGCCACACCAAACAGCGCCCACCCCAGUGGCCAAAACGGUAGGGAUCGGUCGGUCAGCCAAUCCUCCGUCCAGUCCAAUGCCGACGACGAUUUUGAGUUUGUUGCAGAUCCGAACGAGGGCGAAGAUGGCUUCGAGGACAAGAACCGCAAAGUCAUGCGCACGCUUCAAUCAGGAGAUCAGGUUCAACACGUAUUCAACGUGUCCCGUAUCGUUGGUUUGGAAGCAUGCGAGGGAUUGCUUAUCCUCGGCAAAGACUCGCUGUACCUAUUGGACAACUUCUUCCAGCGGUCUGACGGAGAAAUCAUUCGCGUGUGGCAGGCACCGCCCGAGGAGCGUGACAGUUACGUCCAAAUGAUCUCCGGAAAGAAGGCAACGGAGAGGAGGCCACAGAUGGUUGACGGCGAGCAAUCUACACGUAACUGGAAGUGGCCGGAGGUGAUCAGUAUCUCAAAGAGGCGCUUCUUGUUCCGCGACGUUGCCAUCGAGAUUUUCUUCACUGACGGGCGGAGUUACCUUCUGACGGCCAUCGCACCCAAGAUCCGAGACGACCUCCACGCCAGGCUUCUCUCCAGAGCUCCUCAAGUAACGAGCCCGUCUGCGCUACAGUCUGAGGAUGCUUGGCGACUGGAGUCCCUGCGCACGCCGGAGGAGGCGCCGCCUUCCAUGGCUUCGAAGUGGGUCAACGCCCUGAACCCAAUGGCUCAGAACCCUGCUACGAAGAAGUGGUUGAAGGGUGAAAUCUCCAACUUCCACUAUCUCAUGCUCGUGAACACCAUGGCUGGAAGGACCUUCAACGAUCUGACCCAGUACCCUGUGUUCCCAUGGAUUCUGGCCGACUACACUAGCGAGGAGUUGGACCUGACUAAUCCAAAGACAUUCCGAGAUUUGUCGAAGCCUAUGGGAGCCCAGACGAAGCAGAGAGAGGCCGAGUUCAAGGAACGUUAUCAGACAUUUGCCGAGAUGAGUGAUGGGACGAAUCCCGUGUUCCAUUAUGGCACGCACUACUCGUCAGCAAUGAUCGUUACGUCCUAUCUCAUCCGUCUUCAACCGUUCGUGCAGUCCUAUCUCCUCCUCCAAGGUGGUAGCUUCGAUCACGCAGACCGUUUGUUUGAUUCCAUCGAGAAGGCGUGGAAAUCGGCGUCGAGGGACAACAUGACGGAUGUCCGUGAGCUUAUCCCAGAGUUCUUCUACCUGCCAGAGUUCCUCAGCAACAUGAACGGCUACAACUUCGGUACGAAGCAGGUGACUGGUGAGAAGAUCAACGACGUGGCUCUCCCGCCAUGGGCAAAGGGAGACCCUGAGAUCUUCAUCGCUAAGCACAGAGAGGCUCUGGAGAGCCCUUACGUGACAAAGAAUCUCCACAAGUGGAUCGACCUGGUCUUCGGAUACAAGCAGCAAGGCGAUGCUGCGGUCGACGCUACGAACGUCUUCCACUACCUCUCUUACCAUGGUGCCAAGGAUCUGGACAACAUCGAUGAUCCUGUGGAGCGUCUUGCCACCAUUGGUAUCAUCCACAACUUCGGUCAAACCCCUCACCAAGUCUUCCAGAAGCCUCAUCCCCCGCGAGGUGAUCCGCAAAAGCCCAAGCGGCUCGAUGGCGCGGCCGACUCUCUAACGCGCCUUCCAUUCACGCUUCUCGACGCGCACGAGUCCGUGGCAAGCUUGACGUACCACCCGAAGCAGGAGCGUAUCCUUUGCUCUGCAGCAUUCCGGAUCAACAUCCCCCCGAGCUACGACCGUUACAUGGAAUGGGGCUUCGCCGAUGGCAGCGUACGCUUCUACGCCACCGACAGCAAAAAGCUGAUCGGCCUAUGGGAGCACCUGCACCAAGGCCAGAUAUCGUGCGCCACCUUCGUCGACGGCAAGACACUCAUCACCGCAGGCACGGACUGCACCGUCGCCGUGUGGAACGUCGUCAUCCACUCCAAGACGGUCGACCUCGUGCCGAAGGUCUGCUUCUUCGGCCACCGCGCGCCCGUCACGGUGCUCGCAACCUCGCGCGCCUUCAGCACCUUCCUCUCGGCCGACCCGAGCGGCGAAGUCUUCUUGUGGGACCUCAACCGGCUGGAAUUCGUCCGCCGCAUCAGCAAGCCGGGCGGCGCGGCGGCAGCGCCCGUCAGCUGCGCACGCAUCAACAACGUCAACGGGCACGUGAUGCUGUGCACGGGGUCGCGGCUGCUGCUGUACACGCUCAACGGGCGGCUGCUGCUGGACCAGGACGUGUGCGACUCGAUCGACCCCGACGACGUGGUGUACUCGUGCGCCUUCUACGAGGGCGUCGGCAACGAGUGGCUCGAGCGCGAGCUCAUCCUCACGGGCCACCGCCGCGGCGUCGUCAACGUCUGGCAGAAGACGCUCGAGCCCGGCACCGGCGAGUGGAUCCUCGAGGUCGUCAAGCGCCUCAAUCACGUCGAUCCGGCGCGGGAGGAUGGUGGGAAUUACCCUGGUGCUGUGACGUGCAUCUUGCCCAUGGCGCAGACGGUGUAUACGGGUGAUGAUGAUGGGAAAGUUAGGAAAUACAGUUCGAGUGGGAUUGCGUACAGCGACAUGGUGGAGCGUAGACGCACGCGCAAGAAACAUGGAGAAGAUCAUGUGGUGGUCGUCGUCGAGCAGGGGGAAGAAGAAGAAGAAGAGAAGACGACGAUGCGGUGGAAGGACAAGGUGAAGAAGAGCGUGAAGCGCGGUUGGACGUUGGAUGUACAUUUGGCGGGAAUCGGGGUGGAGGAGGAGGAGCAGCAGCAGCCAACGCCGCCUCAGCAGCAGCCUAUUGACAAGAAGGAGAAGAAGAAGGGAAAGGAAAAGUUGAAGUUGGAGAAGUACGCUGGUAGUUGGGUGCAUUUGGGUGGCACGUGCUCCUCCAUGCCCUCCUUUGAUGAUGAUGAUGACGACGAUGAGGGCGAGGAGGUUUGUGUCGGGCCGCGGGAAGCAGCGGAUGUUGCUGGCAAGGAGCGUUGGAGGAGGGAGAGGGGGGCUGCUCCGCCGAUGCGGUGGUAG